CUUUGAAGGCACAGCAGUAGCAAAGGGAAAAGAUUUCUCUCUUCUAGUACAGAUAAACUGCUUGAUUUUUGGCUUCAAGAAGGAUUUUUGUUUGCUUUGAAGAAACAGACAGCAGAGUAAUCAGUGUUAGCUGAGCUCUUUCACUGAAUGACUUCAAGCAACCCUGCUUGUUGCUUUCUGAAAUGAAGAGCAGACUUUGUACGAGUGUUUCCAAGUGUGCUUUAAUGUAUGAAGUUCUGCUUUGAAACACCAUGUCAAAUGAAGCCAGUUUGGAGCAGAAGCUCUCUACAACAACCCUCAGUUCGGUUGCUGUUCAGGCUGGGAAUGCCAGUAUUGUUAUAGCUGUGUUGAAGCCUGUAAUGGUUUACUUAUUGCAGUGUGGAAAAUGGGUGAAACUUCAGCUGGCUGAAUCAACACCAAAUUUAUUAGAAAUUGGCAGCAAUCAAGAUGAAACAAAAAAACUGCUACAAGAUCAUGAACUCCUCCUCACUAAACUUAAGGCUUUGGAAGAUCAGGUGUGGAACCUGCUGCAUGAAGCAGACAAGGCUGCUGAGGAGAAUAAGGAGAAGAGUCAGGUGUAUGAUGCCAUGGCAGAGACGCUUGGGGAUGCAUGGGAUGCCCUUGUAAUUAUGUUAAAGAAGAGACAGGCUCUUCUGGAACUUACUACAGUGUUCUUUGAAAAUGCUCUGGAGUUUGCUGUUAAAAUUGACCAAGUUGAAGAUUUUGUGAAAAAUGCUCAAGAAUUUGACGACAUUGAUAAUUUAAGAGAACUCCUUUUGCAACAGGAGCAUCAUACAAAAGAGCUCUUGGAAAAAUCACUUGCUCUUUUGAACAAAAGCCAUGAGCUAACUGAAUUCAUCGAAGAAUUCAAACGUGAGGGACCAAAUGCAAAUCCUAAGCUGAUUCAGGGAGCCCAGAGCAGCUGCUUGAAAAUUGACAACCUCCUUGAACUGCUACAAGACAGACGAAGGCAACUGGACAGAUCUCUUAAACACCAGCGUCGAGGUCUGGAGCAGGUUCUACAGAUUUGUCUAUGGCAUCAACAAGAGAACCGGGUAACAUCCUGGUACAAGAAAAACAUCAGAGAUUAUCUUCAAAAGGAAAACCUGGGCUCAUCGUUAUUGGAAAAUGAAGAGUUACUUCAAAAGCAUAAAGAAAUGGAAGUUAAAGUGAAAGAAUGGAACUUCACUGUGGAACAACUAGAAGCUGAAGCGCUUAAGAUCUUGCUUUCAGAAGACUACACAGAAAAAGAGCAUUUAAAUAUUUCAAAUCAGAAGAUCCAUCUGUUAAGAGGAGAAGUAUGUUGCCAUAUGGAAGAGAGGAAAGCCUUGUUACAAGAGGCCAAUGACUUUUUUAAUACAGCUAAUAAGGCAGUUAAUGCUCUUGAGAAUUACCUUAAAAUCUUUAACUCAGAAGGCUUGAGUUUGCCUAUCCUGUCAAUGAAGUAUGAAGAAUUAAAGGAAGAAAUUAAAGGCUGCACAGCAAGUACGUUGCAAAAAGGACAAACUUUAAUUAAUAAAGCAGAUUCUCACAGCUCUUGGGCGAUAGGGAUUCAGAGAGCAAUAGAGAAUGUUAAGAAAAAAGAGGAUCAACUUAUCAGACAGUGUCCAGAUGAUAAAGAACUCAUGUUGAAGAAGCAACAGUGGACUGUCACACUUGAAGAUCAUCUAACUAAGGUACUGCAGUCAAUUAAAAAAAUCACCUCAAGGCUUGCAGUCGAUGUGGAGGUUGGUUCCCAUCUGUCAGAGUCAGAAAGAAUUUUGAAUGAACACCUUGAGCUGGCAAAUCAAAUAAAGGAAACUUCAUGUGAACUGGGAGAAGCUGAGGGAAUCAUCAAAGACAUGAAAGAGUUUGAGCCUGAGCAAGUGGCAGCUUUUAAAACCAAAACUGAUUUCUUGAAUGAAGAACUGAAAAAAGCUGAAAGAAAUAUUUGUACAAAAAUAGAAAUUCUAACAACUUAUGUGGCCUUUUUAAAGUCUUCAUUGGAGGUGAAUGACUACAUUCAAAAUCUGAAGGAAUUCUAUCAAGCAGAGCCUCUGCAAACAAGCAGGAAGGCUGAAAAUAAAAAUGCAAUGGAGUCAGUUAAUGGAAAGUGGCAAGAAUCUAUAGAGAAGUUUUUUUCCACUGAAAAUCUGGGUCGCGUUUUUCUUAAUUUAGUAAAUACGAUAAGUGACGGCUUAAUAGUAAAAGUAGAAAAAUCUGUACAAGUUAUAGAAGAAACCAUUAUCAAUUUGAGUAAAGAAAUGAAAGAACUGACUGAUCUUUGGGCAAUCUGGAAUUUUAAAAUUCAUCAAGGAAAACCUGUCAGGCAACAGUGCUGGAUAUUGGAAGAGCAACUAAAUAAGACUACGCAUGGUCUACGGUUUCUUCAAGAGGCACUCACACUUACAUCAACAGUUGAUCUUGGAAGUUAUGUUUGUCUGGCCUUAGAACAACAAAAACUUAACCAAAUGAAGCCACAGUUUCAGCAAAUGAAUGCUGAGCUGGAGUACCUGAUGAAAUUACUAGAGUUGCCAAGUCAGAAAGGAUUUCCUGUGAAGGAGAAUUCUGAAAGAAUAAGUGAGCUUAUUCACCUUCAUCAAAUGGUGAAGAGCACAAUGACAGAGUAUGAUGAGAUUUUCAACAAGACGCUUAAAUUCCAUCAUGUUAAGAAAGAACUGGAAUGUCUAUCAAAAUCAGGAGAACUGGAUUUUCCGGAAAUUGCUGUGGUCCCUGAAGAUGUGCACCAUGCCAAAGCUUACCUUUUGAAUGCUCAAAAGAAACAUAUGCAUAUCAGACAGCUUUAUAAGCUGGCUAUUGACCAGGGAGUGGAUAUCUUGUCUGCAGUGCAGAAGCCUAAUUGCUUGAAUGUUUCUGCGAAGAAUCUGAAACAAGAACUUGCUCGACUUGAGUGUGACAGCAUUAGCUGGAGCUCCAAAGCAGAUAAGUACGAGGAAGAACUAUCACAGCACUUCCAAUACUAUAUCAGUCAAGAGGAGAUAAAUGAGCUUAGAGAAUCAUUUAAGGACCUCAAAAAGAAAUUCAACAAUAUGAAGUUUAACUAUAUUAAGAAAACUGAAAAAGCUCGAAAUUUAAAAGCACUUAAAAUACAGAUUCAGCAAGUUGAUACAUAUGCUGAGAAAAUACAGAUUCUUAAAAAGAAGAUAGAUAAUCUAGAGAAGAAAUUAGUAGACGCUGCAACAAAUGAACACAAUGUUAGAGUCAUGUUGGUGUCAAUCAGUGAGUUACAAAAACAGCUAAAUGAUUUUGGCAGAGUUGUGGAGGAUUAUAAGCAAAAUCUGGGCCUCACGGAGCGUCUGCAACUCAUGAUGGAAGAGUGUCAAUUUUGCUUUGAAGAUGUUAGUGCAACAGUCAUUAGAGUUGGCAAGUAUUCCGCUGAAUGCAAAACCAGAGAAGCAGUGGAGACCCUCUACAAGCAAUUCAAUAAGUUUAUUGAGUCUACAGUGCCUCAACAAGAAGAGAAGUUUCAGCAGAUUAUAGAUCUGGCUGAACAGUUAUAUGGUUUUGAAGAAGGAAAUAAGUAUGUUGAAAAAACUGUAUCGAAGUACAAAGAAAUCCUUAAUUCUGUUGAUGAGUUGUGUAGAUCGCUGAGAGAAUUUAGGGAGAUUCAGAAAGAUGACUUUGCUGGAGAGCUGGUUACUGCUCAAAAAAAAGGAAAUAGGCAAGAAGAAUGUGAAGACAAAGCAGAUGAAGAAAAGCAUCAGGAGAGGAAUAAAUUGGCUGAUAUUCCAAUUAUCUGCCCAGCUGGUGAGGAUCUUGUUUCACAGGAUACAGAGCUGUCAUCUUCAGCCAAAGAGGAUAGUUUACAGACUGAAUUCCUGGCAGAAGAAAUACCCUCUGGAGAUGAAUACGAGUGUAUAUCACCUGAUGAUAUCUCUUUGCCACCACUUUCUGAGACACCAGAGUCCAAUCUCUUACAUUCUGAAACCGAGCUAGAAGAGCAACGCUGUUGUAGUUCUCAUAAUCUGCAUGCCCGUUCAUAUAGCUUGCAAAUGCAGAAAACCUCCAGUGAUAAAAGAUUGAUGGAAUCAUCUGAUCUCUUAACAAAUUCUGCUUAUGCUGAUGCUACAAAUACUAGAAUGGAAAGGCCAUCAGCUCAGCUUGAGAAGUUUUGUAUCUCUUCAACAGAUUCUGGUCCAAAAGUCAGAGCAGAUUCUCCUCUGCCUUGUAGUUUACAAGCAGUAUGUGAAGCUAGUGCUGCUUCCUGCACAAUAAGUGCCAAACCAGCAUAUAGCACGAUGAGUGAAGCGCGCAAAACACUUUUGCAGCACCUUGAAAUUCAUAAAAGCAUGGCAGAAACACAAGAACAAUUGCAUGACUCAAAUAACUGUACUAAAACCCAGGACAGGCUGCAUGCUUUGCCUGAUGCAUUCUCAGGUUUCGUCUUUCAAUCAGACGCCACCAGAAGCUGUCAGAGGCAGAUGGUCAUCCGAGAAGAGAUUAAAAGUACAUCAGAAAAGAACAGCAUGGCCUGCCUAACUGGACAGGCUCCUAACUUCUCCCAGCUUCUGUCUAAUGUAAGCGUCGUGGAAGGUUCUCCGGUAACUCUGGAAGUAGAAGUAACAGGAAUCCCAGAGCCUACAUUGACAUGGUACAAGAAAGGCCAGAAAGUGACUGCUGAUGAGCACUUAAAGCUUUCCCAAAAGGAGACAAAGCAUACUUUAUUCAUUCAGAAGGUGUGUGAUAAUGAUGCUGGCCUCUAUGUUGCUCGGGCUAAAAAUUCUAGUGGCACUAUAUCAUCAAGUGCUAUUCUCCGUGUGCAAGGAUAAAGAUUCUUAGUAUAAAGUGAUAUAUGACAGUGCAGUCAUGAAUACUGUCAGACUUAAAUUUGUCUCUUAUCAGCAGGUAAUCUCCACAGAUUAAAGUUGCAAUAGAGUUGUGGUAAUGUGCACUACAGAAAUUUGGCAUAGAAUUGUCAGAAUUUGUGUAAGUAGCACUUAGUGUAUCCUAGAUAAAACUUGCAAAUAUUUUUCAAAACGAAACCUGAGGCCUUCCAACACAUCCACCUUCUAAAGCAGAUGCUUGUGAUACUUUUGUCAUUUUAUAAAAGUACAACUCUAAAUAUUUCUGACAAUUAUAUAAAGCAUUACUAUAGGACAAGAAAGAUACUAUUUUAUGGAAUGUGCUUUUAAAAAGUUUUAAUGCACUUAUUUCAGAAAGAAUCAAUCAAGAUGAGGAAAUACUCAAAAGCAUGUGCGCUCUCUCUCUCUCUCACUCACACACAUCAUUCUCCUUUAGUAAGUGGUAAAUACAAAACAAAAACCUGUCUAUAUAUAACAAAUCAUAAUAGGAACAGCCAUGGAUAUUAUUUAUGUAAUUUGAUUAAAUCUUUGACAAAAGUAUUAGUAAAAGGUUCCACUUAAAUGCUAAAAUGAAAAUUAAGUCUCUUUAAUUUUAGCACUUGUGCAAGUACAGUAAAAACAAUUGUGGCAAAAGCUGAAUGAUUUUUCCAGCACCUUUGAUUUGCAGCUUUCAUGUUAUGUCUAUGUUGAUAUGGAAAAUUUAGAGACAGGAAAUAUUUCUUUUCAGUAAAUUAUGCAAGAUAAAGUAAAUAAGUCAUUUACCAGGCAGCAGGCUAUGAGCAGAAUACAUACUUGAACUUGCAGGGGUAGAUGAAAUUGAAGACUGACAUUUAGAUAUUUUGGCUCAGAUAUUUUAACUUUAUUAAAAUUCCUUUAACUUUGAAACAGGAGAUGUUCAGAAGGGAAUAUAACCUCAUAGCAAUGAGAGAGGGAAGAUAAUAAGAGGUAGUGAACAAACAGGAACAAAAUAUUUGACAAAACCCCAAAUAAACAACUUUGAGUUUGAUAAUCUCCUGAAAAUGUUGAUCCGAUCACCAAGGUAUAAAAAUUAACUCUUUUUCAAAAGUGCUAUUUCAAAGUAAAGCUAUUUUUAAUAAUUAGUAUGAUUUUCAAUCUUUCAAUUUUCAAGAAAGUAAAAUUCAGCAUAGUGUUCUUAUGUUUUUGUGACUUCAUUUAUCUCUGUGUUUGCUGCAAACAUAAAGCAAGGAAUCUGUAUGAGCAAGCUGAAUUGCAUAACCAUUAUGUUAGGAAGUGUAUUAUGAACAAACACAAGCCUCCUCUAUGAAUUCAUAAGAUAUUUUUUUUUUUUAUGCUGAAGAGCUGCCACUGCAUGACAAUCUUAUUUAUAUCAUUCACUUUCUGUUUGGAAAAAAUUACUGAGUGAUGGCUGUCCUUCAGUCCUUUACUUUUACUGAGAGUGUGAUUCUUCCAGAAGCCUGUUGUUCAGAAAUUAAAAGUACUCAUAUGUUUUGAUUUCUUUUCUGCUUUUCUAACUUUAUAGGCCAUUCAGAUUACUUUAAAUCACUUUUGCCUUCAAUCUUAAGACUAAGUGCAAGUCCCAAGGAAAAAAAAAUUAAAAAAAGAAAAUCUAAACAGGAGUGAAAGCAGAGAUACUGCUUCCUUUUCCCUUGCCUCUGCUGGAAUUUGGCUUUUAAAUUAAUCAUUGACAUAAGGCUAGAAACAGGAAGAGUUGUCCCUGAUCUGUGCUCUGUAGAGGCUAGACUCAAAGCUUCAUCUUAGUUUUAAUGUAUGCAUGCUCUUCAUCUUGAAAGCUGCAAGAAGUUCAGUGCUAGAAUGUUCAUUGUUUUGUCUUUAAAUGAACAGAGAGCAAAGUUGAGAGAUAUGUUUCUCCUUUGUGGUUGGAGGAGAAUCACCUUUGGUGCAAGGCGUGUGUUGAGUCUCUCUGCCCUACAGUAGGCAAGGCUGGAACUAGAAUUUCAGACUUCGCCCUUUGCAAAAAAUACACUUUUAAAAUCAAUACAAUUGUGUUCUGUUUUUUUUCCUUUGUUCUAAAUCAUGGUUCAAUAACUUGUGAAAUGAGACUUGUGGUUGAAGUUUGUAAUUUCCAUAUUUAUUUUCCUCUUUUUUUAAAAAAAACAUUUUGAUAGUCUCUUCAGUAGCUAAUGUACUGAACGACGUGUGGAAGAUAGUUGAUCUUAAUGGACUUUUUGAAUGCAUUGCUUAAUGAAAUUUCAUUGAUAGUCUGGAAGACUUCCCAGAUGAGGAAACUGCAUUGAUGUUAUAUCCUAGUUGAUCAUUGCUAUGAUGUAGUGUUAAAACUAUACCCAUGCUCAAUUUCUCAGUUUUGUUGGCUGGAGAAGGGCAUCCUUAAGCCAGUGAAUUUCAGCAAUAAUUUCAAAGCUAGACUUUUUUUUUCCUUUAUAUUUCAAGUAGCAAAUACUUUACUUCCUCCUUCUUUUAAAUGUUAUGUAGAAGCAGAAAGUACAUUUGGCUGACUUUUGUUCUGGUUUUGAUGCUUUCUUAUUUUACAGUACUGAGCUUCUCUAAAUGCAGUCACAGUUUUGAACCUAUAAUUAUGUCAAGAUACCAGAAUAUGAACAUCUUUCUGAGUCCUCUCUUAAAAAGCAGACUUAAGUAUCCCUUUAGCCUUGCAACAUAAAUAAUGAUGCACAUUACUAACCUAACCUUACUUCCUCCUUCUUUAUAUACAGAAGCUUAUUAAGAAGGAGUUGAACAAGAUUGUCUGACUAGAAUUGGAACUGUAUGAAAGGGUACUUCCACAACAUGUAUAAAUUUUAAGGGGAAGGGGCUAAUUCUUUUCAUUUUUCAAAAGAAGCAGCCUGACUGUGGGCCUUGUAUGAGUUAGUAGGCUAAGGGAGGCUGAGGCAUUCCUCUGGUUGUGUUUGAAUCAGAUGUGGAUGGAGCUGCAAUGGAGCAGGUGGCUUCCUCUCAAAUGACUGGUAAGGUAUGCUUAUUUCUGGACCUUUCUCUGGAGACUUUGCAGGUUAAGCACACUGUGUGUGUGUGUUUCUUUUGUGACUCAGGGGAACUAUGUUACUAAAAAUUACAAGACAGAUUCUUUUUAAUGAGUUUACACCAUGAUAUUCAAGGACAGUGGAGUUCUGGAUAAGAAUAUUCAGAUCAUAAACAUUUUUCCUACCUGAAGCCAUCAGAAUGGGUUUUCAGUAGCCUAAACAACCUGAAAUAUUUCUUUUUGUGAAGCAGGAAAAAGUGGGCAUGAUGGUGAUAGAUUGAUGGUUGGGCUAUAUGGUCUUAAAGGUUUUGUCCAACCUUAAUGAUUCUGUGAUUCUGACAUUUAAUAAUGAUAUAAUGGGAAAACCAUUGGUGAAAUACUAUGUUACUUUUUGAAAAUGGGAAAACCAUUGGUGAAAUAUUAUGUUACUUUUUGGUAAUUGUUAUCAGUCUAUGAUCACAUCAUUUUACAUCAGAUUGCUGCGAUGUUGAAUUCUAAAGCAUGUUUUUCUAAGAGUUAUAGGCCACUUAAUAGUUUUCUCUGCAUGUAUUUUUCUCUUUGUUGCCUAGAAAUUGGUCACUCUAUUUUUUUUAUGUUCUGCUGACAUACUGAUCCAAAAUCAAGAUAAUAUCUGAUUGAUCAUUGUCAUGCUUCAGAUCUGAUUUUUUUUUUUUUUUCAGAUUGGUUGAUUCUCAUAUUGAAAACUGCAGAUUCAAAAAUCUGCUUCAGGUGCAUGUGAUGAAAUCAUGGUGGCAGCUUUUGCAUGCCAGCUUUCAACAGCUGAGAAUGGCACUGGUUAAUACAGACUUUAGGUUAGCAAGAAUAUGAGAGUGAAAUGUAUAUACUUCUGCUCUGUGUUGUGGCCUCAGACCUACAGUAUGGAAAUGAUGCAAAGCAGCUUACAUCAGCAAUCAGUUCAUUAAUACAAGGGAGUGAAAAUGUUUCACUCCCCACACUGAUAUUUUGCAAAAAUAUCUAGCUCGGUCAUCAUAUUUUGGAUUCAGAUGCUGGGUGCUUUUGUGAGAUGUUAUUUUUUGCUUCAAAAUCAAAAGUAGAAAGGAUGUGAUGUACAAUAGUGCACUAAAUACGAUAAAUAACUAUCUUAACUAUGUUCCUUUAAAUUUAUGUGGAAUAUUUAUCUUCUCUUUACUGAAGCAUAACAAUCAACAUAGUUACCUACUACCUGUACAACAAACAUGAUUCCUUAU